GUCUAAUUACUCCGGAUGACUGCAAGAAGCAUCAAACUUUUCUUUGCAAGAUGGAAAUAUUUAAUGUUUGCUUGUUGUAUCACAUAUCUUCUUGUUAUUUAUGCUCCAAUUUCAAAAUCUGAACAAAAGGAUUGGAAAGAAGGCGAAAUAGAGCUUAGCAAUGAUCAUGAAUUAGAUGUUCCAAUUCUUCAAAAAGAAGAAUUGAAGCCACAACAACGACCGUCAUUUGAAGAAAAUGUACCCAAAAAGAAGACUUUUAAUUUUAAUCCAGUUGGAAAGGAACCAUUUGAUGUGGAAGAAGUGCUCACAUCAAGUGAUAUUAAAUUAGAAGAACGAAUGACCGCAACUGUAAUACCUGGACAAAAGCGAUUAAUCCUGUCAUGGAACGCCGGUCAUUCUCAAGAUAAUCUUCAAGGAUGCCCUGAUUGGAAUUGUGAAUUCACGCAAGUCCGUGCAAGGGCUCCAGAUGCAGAUGCUGUUCUUAUUGCUCAUAUGGACAAUGAUUUUGUCCCGAAGCCUAAUCAAUAUGUAGUGUAUUUCAGCCAGGAGUCACCAGCUAAUUCUGGAAUUCAAAUUCCAAGGCCUGAUUAUAUCAACAUGACACUGGGAUUUCGGCACGAUACACCUGCUGGUUCUCCUUAUGGAUACACUGUUAAAUUGGGCGCCAAGUCCCGAAAAACUGGACAAGUUGUGGAUGCCAAUUUAGUCAAUGGAAAAGCAAAAGGAGCUGCUUGGUUUGUGAGCCAUUGUCAGACAAACAGCAAGAGAGAAGAUUUUGUUAAAAAACUACAGAAACAUUUGCAAAUUGACAUUUACGGUGGUUGUGGUCCAAUGAAAUGUGCACGUGGAGACAGCAAAUGUGACACGAUGCUGGAUACCGAUUAUCAUUUCUAUGUCACAUUUGAAAAUUCAAUUUGCGAAGAUUAUGUGACUGAAAAACUUUGGAAAUCGGGAUAUCAAAAUACUAUUAUUCCAUUGGUGUUAAAGAGAAAGCUUGUCGAGCCUUUUGUACCACCAAACAGCUUCAUUGCUAUUGACGAUUUUAAAAGUGUGAAAGAAAUGGGAGACUAUCUCAAUUAUUUAAUGAAUAAUAAGACCGCCUACAUGGAAUACUUCGAAUGGAGGCACGACUACAAAGUUGUAUUUCUUGAUGGGUCUCACCACGAUGUUCUUGAGAGACCGUGGGGCUUCUGUCAAGUUUGUCGAAUGGCUUGGACGGAGCCACGGCAGAAGGUUUUAAUUCCGAAUUGGGAUGCGUAUUGGCGGCAAACAUGUGAAAAAGAUGGAACACUAGUAGAUUCUAUUCCGUUAGAUUAGUUGUAAAUUUAAGCUAGAGUAUUUUCCCAAUUAUUAUUUCAAAGCAGAACUAUUUCUGUUAGAAUUUCUUCUGUAUUUUUCUUAAUUGUUCUUGUUCCAUCUAUUCUUCACGGGUUUUAUUCUUUAAGACUACAUGAUUGUUUUCACAUUUACUGAUAUCGGUAUUGAUUCUUCAUUUAUUUAUUCAGUUGGGUUUUCUCAACUGGUAUUUAAUAUUUCCUCCUUUCUCUUGGUGUUUUAUGGGUACAUCUUUUUUGUGAUUUGAAUUAAUUUGUUCGCUUU